AAACUAAGCCCAACCCAUCUCGCACUCUUUGCCUCACGACUACACGAGCCCAUGUGGGGUUUUUAAUAAGGUGGAUGCAAGAGUUGGUCUUGCUCUCUUCUGGGUGACGCGGUUUGGAAGUGGUUCUUUAUACUUUCGCCAUUGAACCCUUUUUGUUUUGUGUUUUUUUUUUUUUUUUCAUUUUGUUUUGACUUUCCCUAGAGAGGAGCCAUGAAGUGGACCUGGGUCCUUGUGGCAGUUCUGCUGUCAUUUGGGGGUCUUGCAAAGAGCAAAGACAGCCUGGACUUUCCCGAGUACGAUGGCAAGGACCGCGUGCACGAACUCAACGCCAAGAACUACAAGUCCGUGAUGAAAAAGUACGAUGUCAUGGUGGUGUACUACCAUGACCACCCCGGAUCCAGCCGCGUCGCCCAGAGACAAUUUGAGAUCGAGGAGUUGAACCUCGAGCUUGCAGCCCAGGUCCUGGAUGAGUUUGAUGAUGAAGAAAUUGGAGUUGGUCUCAUUGAUGCCAAGCAUGACAAAGCCAUUGCAAAGAAACUAGGCCUUGACGAGUCGGACAGCAUCUUCAUCUUCACUGAGGACGAGGUCAUAGAAUAUGACGGCGAGCUCGCAGCAGACACCCUAGUGGAGUUCAUCUUUGAUGUUCUUGAGGAUCCCGUAGAAAUUAUUGACAACAGUCGGGAACUGAAAGGCUUCAGAAACAUUGACGAGGACAUCAAAUUGGUGGGCUACUUUAAAAGCCACAAGUCAGAACAUUUUGACGCUUUUGCUGAUGCUGCCGAGGAGUUCCACCCUCACAUUUCGUUCUUUGCUACCUUCAACCCCAAGGUUGCAAAAGCGCUGGAUCUAAAGCUCAAUGAGGUUGACUUCUAUGAACCCUUCAUGGAUGAGCCAGUGGUCAUCCCCGGAAAACCUUAUACUGAGGAAGAGCUGGUGAAAUUUAUUGAGGACAAUGACAGACCAACUCUGAGAAAGCUGCAACCACACAACAUGUAUGAGAUCUGGGAAGAUGAUGUAGAUGGUGAACAUAUCAUUGCUUUUGCAGAGGAGUCCGACCCCGAUGGCUUUGAGUUUCUGGAAAUCCUGAAGCAGGUUGCUGAAGAUAACACUGAUCACCCCCAUCUCAGCAUUGUUUGGAUUGACCCCGAUGAUUUCCCCUUGCUUGUACCACACUGGGAGAAGACCUUUGGCAUUGAUCUGUCCCAUCCACAAAUUGGAGUUGUUGAUGCUGGUGAUGCUGACAGUGUAUGGAUGGACAUGGACGAUGGUGAAGAUCUGCCGUCCGAAGAUGAGCUAGAAGAUUGGAUUGAGGAUGCGCUCUCGGGUGAAAUUGACCCUGAUCACGAUGAUGAUGAUGACGAUGACGAUGACGAUGACGAUGAUGAUGAUGAUGACGAUGAUGAUGAUGAUGACGAUGAUGAUGAUGAUGACGACGACGAUGACGACGAUGACGAUGACGACGACGAUGACGAUGAUGACGACGAUGAUGAUGAUGAUGACGACGAUGAUUACUAAAUCAUUAAGUCAGAAUUUUGUCCUUAGGUCUGACCAAUGCAGUUUCAAGAGUUUAAAACAUCGUCUCUUGUAACUCUGUACCUUUUCGAACUCGUCAGUUCAUUUUUCAUAUCUCAUCUUUUUCAUCGUCUUCUCUCUGUAUCUCACUAAAACAAUAUUCCAUCACUUGUUUGUUCUUUACACCAACACAUUCUCUCAGUCAUGUAACCAUGGACUCCAUAGAUUCCCACAACUUCAUUAACUUGUAUAAAACCAUGAAACAUAAUCUGGCACCAAGCCUGCUAUCUACAGCUGUUGAUUUUUUAUACCGGUACAUUUUUUAUUUUCCAAAGUACUGGCGAGGUUGUAGUGUUGUACGCAUAAUGGAGUCCAUCUGUGGAGUCUGUUGUAAUUUGAAUGUGUUUUACAUUUGUCCAAACUUUUUUUGCCCCCUUCCCAAAACAAGGGAAACCAAGGUUGCUUGCAGAUUUUUUCUGAUAAGUAUAAGCAGCCUAGUCUGUGAAAUCCUUUUAAUGUUAUACACUGAGAGUGUUGUACAUCAUAUGGAUGUUUUCUACGAUGAUGAAGUAUGACAACAGCCAUAUUCUAUUUUUGUAACAAGAGAAAUUUAACUGUGACGUCUUAAAUAAAUGACAGCUUGGACAAAAUCCCCCAAA